GCACUGCCCGGCGCGGGCACGGACACGGAGCGGCCGCACCAUGCCCGUGGCCAGCGCCAACCUGCGCGCCCUCACCUCCUGGGUGGGCAUCGCCCGCCUCUCGGCCGUCCUGCUGUCCUGCCUCGCCUUCAGCUUGGUGGCCUCCACCGGGGAAUUCGCGGGUGCCUACGGGACGUGGUGCAUGUUCAGCUGGUGCUUCUGCUUCGUUGUGACGCUGCUGGUGCUGCUGCUGGAGCUGCUGGAGCUCUACCCGCUGCUGCCUCUCUCCUGGGAUGAUUUCACCGCGGCGUUUUCCAUGCUGGCGGUUCUGAUGGUCUUCACCUCCUCGGUGGUUUACCCUGCCACCUUCAUCAGCGGCUCCUGCAACACCAGCCAGUGUGCCCGGCAGGCCGUGGCCACCGCCGCCUCCUGCCUCUGCUUCCUCGCCUACGCCGUCGAGGUGUCGCUGACCCGCGCCAAGCCAGGGGACAUCAGCAGCUUCCUCUCCACCGUGCCUGGCCUCCUCAAGGUCUUUGAAGCCUAUGUGGCUUGCCUGAUCUUCUCCCUGCUGGACGCGCACAGUGGAGAGCCUGGCCUGAUGUGGUGUGUGGCUGUCUACUCCCUGUGCUUCAUCUUCACCCUCCUCAUCAUCAUCUUCACCGUCGGCCGCUGCCUCACCUACAUUCCCUGCCCGCUGGAGAAGAUGCUGGUGGGCUACAACUUCCUGGCCCUGCUGAUGUACCUCACCGCCACCAUCCUCUGGCCUCUCUACAGCUUCCGGGGGCAGAGCCGCCCCGCUCACUGCGACCCGAGAUGCCCGUGGAACAAGCACCUGGGCAUCACCUUCCUCACCAUCUUCAACCUCAUCGCCUACUUGGUGGACUUGGUCUACUCCACCAGGAUGGUGUUUUUCAGGGCGCCUCCCUAAGGGCUGGGGGGCGGGCUGAGGGGUGGUGGGACG